AUGCGAUUCUCUGCUCAUAGUCGCGGUGGCUCCUCCCCCUUGUCUGCCUGUUUCCACCCUUCCGCCAUUGACGAUACUCCGUCGUCUCUUCCAUCGCCGUCAACUCUACCGUAUUUCGCCAGCGACCUUCCAAAUCAGACCACCACUUGCCAUUACCAUACUAACGUGGGCGUUUUCUUCCUCUCAUGGUCUCAGGCUUUCCUUCGUCGUUCUCUCCACCUCCAUUUCUACUCAUGUCACUCUGUAAAUUGCUAUCUCCACUCUCCCGAUUGCUACCGUCACUCCGUUCCAUUCACUUUCCGACUAGAAAUCAAACCCUUGACCUUCUGGAGAAAACAUGGUUCCAAGAAGAUAUCUAGAAAACCCGAAAUUCGGGUCGUGUGGGACCUGAAACAUGCAAGAUUUGGAUCAGGACCCGACCCGGAAUCCGGAUUUUACGUCGCGGUCUUCGUCUCCGGUGAUGUGGGUCUUCUCAUCGGAGAUUCUCUAAAACAGAGGCCGAAGAGGCAAAUCUUGGUGUCAAGAAGAGAGAAUCUGUUUGGAAACAGAGUAUACUUAACAAAUAUCAAGAUUAAGGGAAAAGCCAGAGAGAUUAGAAUAGACGUUAAGGUUCAUGACGAUGCUUAUCUCCGGUUUAGCGUAGAUGGUAAAAGUGUUUUGAAGAUUAAGCAGCUUCAGUGGAAAUUCAGAGGAAAUACUAAGAUGAUGAUCGACGGUGUGACGAUACAGAUAUCGUGGGAUGUGUACAACUGGUUGUUUGGUGACAAGGAUAAGGUUAGCCAUGAGAAAGUCCCAGCCGUGCUCUUACUCAGGUUCGAGAACCAAGAUGCGGUGGGAAACGAUGUGUUGAUGAUGAAGAAGCGUGAGAGAGAUGACGUUGUUUUGCGGAAGGAGAACACUCGAACGCUUUCGUUUUGGGCGUCUUCAUAUGCUCACUGGUCUUCUUCUCUAAUGGAGUGGUCGAGUUGUAAGGAGGAAGAGGAGAGGAGCUUUGGACAUAAGUCUUGGUUCUCUUUGAUUGUCUACGCUUGGAGGAAGUAA